AUGGCUCAGGAAAUAAUGAGUUUCCUCGGCAGACGUCGACCAGUUGGUCUCUCUGCUGUCGCGACCGGUAGAUGUGUCCAGUGCCGUGCGGGAAGCUGGUGGCGUGAUAAUGUUCGAGCGUCGAGGCGCUUUACUUUGGAUACUGUGAAUAAGCGUUGCUACAGACUUGGUGAUCAUCAUGAGAUCCUAGAGAAGGAACAACACUGUGACUGGGUUGUGCUCGACGGUACUCUGUCGGAUCCAUCAGUUUCGCUAUGGAGCGAAAUCACCUAUCAUAAGGGCAAGUUGUACAUUCGCGACAUUCGAUUUGCUGACUAUCAACUCUAUCCGAGAGACCUCUCGCUGUGGGAGGUCGAUCCUGAGACAUGUGAGAGGGGAUUGGAGAUCGAGACCGACUCCGAAGUGACAUGCUUUGACGUCUUUUCUCGAGAAGGGAGCCUUCAGGUGGCUUACAUAUCACCAAUUCACCCUGCCGAACUACGAGUUGAUUAUCAUCCACUCAAAAGAGGAGAUUCGAGUAAAGCAAAACUCAUGAAGGAUUAUAUUGCGCGUUGUUUCCACGUCCCGAUGUUCACUGAGGCUGUGCGCUUCCUCCGCGAGGAUCUAAUUUGUGUGGGACAUUCUGAUGGAUGCCAGUUGGGUGUCACCCUAGUCGAUGUUGCUCUUGAUGGCCCUGGUGAGAUGCUCAGUACAGUGAGUCUUGACUGCAAGCCGGGUGACUUCAUCACGAACAUCGAGGUUAGCCCAUGUGGUCACAUUGUGUACAUUGGUGUCGGAUCACCCACCGGUGGCCCAGCGUCAGACCGAGAAGUUGGCGUGGUAUAUUAG